AUGGAGUUUGAAUCAACAGAUAUCAACUUUUCCGUCUCUUGGCUCCUGGGUCUCAAGCCCAAAUCCACGUAUCCUCCAUGGGCACGAGGCUUUAUGACAGAUGAACCCCGUUUCCUUGUGAGCCGCCUUCUCGGCCUGCUUCCCAGUCGCAAGCCCCGCCGCCGGCUGAGAAGGAGGCGUUGUCGUUCCAAGCUUGUAAUCCCUUCGACAGAGCCCAUCGUGGAGGAUGACCAAGAUGCUGUUGAUGAGGACAUGGAUGUCUUUGGCCUUGGGAAGUUGUAUGGCGAUAUUCCUUACGAAACCGAAGAUGAUUCUGAUUCGGAAUCUGAGGAUGCACCUGCGGUCGAAGAGGAGCCUCCCGUGUUAGCAGAGCCAGAAUUCCUCAGGCUUUGCAACAACAUGGAAGAGCUUCUCGAUGAAAUUGAAAGGUCUCAUCUUGAAGAGAACGACGACUCUGACAACGAAUCGAUUGACGGCCUAGAACCCGAAGACUGCCAAGACGAAUCCCCGUCGAGAAUUGAAUGGCUGCGACAGAAAACGGUAGAAAAAGUAGAAAACAAAUACCUGGACCGAAUCAUGUCUCUACCGGGUUUGGAGGAAGCCAAGGCUUUCUUCCUACAGACAAGAGCCAAAGUAAAGGCCGCCCAAAGACGUGAAACCGAUUUGAGCAAGGAAAACUUCGAUGUGGUUUUCAUGGGCAACGAGGGUACUGGCAAGACGAUGCUGUCCCGACUCUAUGCUAAAUACCUUAUAUCUCUCGGGGUUGUCAAGAAGUCUGGCGUCUUCGCAGGUAUCAACCGAUUCUCGGCAUACAACUUGUCUAAAACAUCAACGUUGGCCACGAUCCACAACACCUGCAAUGCGUGUGGCGGCUGUCUGCGAAUGGUUUUCCAUGGCAUGAUGCGGAAAUGGUUCAAAAAUAGGAUGGAAGUCGAGGGUGGCUAUGACGGCCUCUAUGUCAAGAUUCUGAUCCGAAGAAUCACGUCGGACGCUAAUGACAAGACCUUUGGCAACAUUUGGCCUGUCAAAAAGGCAUUCCUCGAAGCCUGCAGACGACAACUUGAACGUUUCAUACAAGCCAGAAAGACCGGUAAUUAUUUGGAGGAUUACCUGAUCACAAAGGAUGACCUCUUGGGCAACAGACCCUCGCUUGGUCCUGACAAGAGCCCUGCCUGGAAGGAGCUCCAAGAACUCGUCGGUCUGGACGAUGUGAAGGAAUCUAUUCUCUCUGUGGGCGAUGUCAUUAUCAAGACCCCAGCAGAUCUCCUGGACCGCUAUAUCGGAGGUUCUGAGAACAACACUAAAGAGGCGUUGCGAGAAGCCAAGGGAAAUGUCUUGAUCAUUGACGAUGCACAUAUGCUUGACCCUGGUACGAAUGGUAGCAGCGGUAGCUCUAAGAACGGCGACUUCAGAGGCGCUAUCAUCGAUACCAUUGUGGCAGAGGUUACUGGUGCCGCUGGAGAGGACCGAUGCGUCAUCCUCUGCGGGUACCCAGAGCAGAUGAAGGAGAUGUACGCAAACACAAAUCCUGGUCUGGCACGAAGGUUUCCCCUGGACGCAGCAUUUGUUUUCGAAAACUUCAGCGAGGAGACACUGGGCAAAGUAUUGGACCUCAAGUUAGCAAAGGAGAAGCUGAUCACCACCGAAAAGGCGCGAGAAGUUGCCAUGGAGGUCUUGAAGCGAGCUUCCGUUCGACCAAACUUUGGCAAUGGAGGCGAGGUGGACAACCUGCUGUCAAAGGCCAUUCUGGCCCGGUCCCGUCGCAUUGCUAAAGAGAAAAAGUCUGAUGACGAAGAUCUUGACGCUGUUCCUCUGGAACCUCAGGACUUUGAUGCCGACUAUGACCGCUUAUCACAUGCUGUGGAAAACACCCGGGCACUGUUUGAUGAGUUUGUUGGGUUCGAAGAGAUCAUUUCCAAGUUCGAAUCAUACCAGUACAUGGUACAAGGUAUGCGGAUGCGCAAUGUUGACCCACGGCCGUACGUGCCAUUCACCUAUGUCUUCAAGGGACCUCCUGGAACUGGAAAGACGUCGACCGCACGGAAACUCGGCGAAAUCUUUUACAACAUGGGCUUGCUUGCCGCACCUGAUGUUAUAGAUGCCUCAGCGUCGCAGCUUGUUGGCGAGUAUUGUGGCCAAACUGGUCCCAAGACUCGUCGUCUACUUGAAUCGGCUCUCGGUAAAGUCCUUUUUAUCGACGAGGCCUACAGACUCAACGGUAGUCGCGGAUCAUUCGCUGAAGAGGCAGUGAGCGAGCUAGUGGAUGCAGUGACGAAGCCACAGUUUGCGCGCAAGCUUAUCAUCGUUUUGGCAGGCUAUGAAGAGGACAUGGACCGACUUCUGCGCAGUAACCAAGGAAUCAAGAGUCGAUUUGCUACCGAAUUCACUUUCCGUCCUAUGCGAACCGAACAGUGUAUCGAGCAGCUCAGACAGGUUGUUGGAAAAGUCGGCAUUACUAUCCAGUCAACGCCCGAGAUGGAGACUAGUAUCCGCACGUCUCUGUUCUCCCUUCUGCAACGUCUGAGUAAUGAUAAGGGAUGGGCGAGUGGCCGCAGUAUUGAAACUCUCGGCGAACAACUGAUUGCCCAGAUCUUCAAAGAAUGUGCGAUCAAUAACUUCACCGGCAAAGACUUGUUUGUCACAGGCCGCCAAUUGGUGACUAUACUUGGAAAAGCAUCUGGCGUCCCUUAUGCCAGCAUUAGGAUGCCUGGAGUCCAGGCUCCCAUGGGUGCUAAGGUGAUGACGCUUAAGGACCUUGAGACCUCGGAGUAA